AUGACCGGGGGGUACUGGAAGGUGGCCACGGAGAUGCGCAAAAAUCCCGAAAUAGGUUUCUCUCUCCCGUGCAGGAUUUUAAAAGAUUUCUUUGCCGUCCUCUGCGGCCGGGACAGAAGAGGAAAAUGCCGCCAUGGGUCGGGGAAAGCACCGGGGGGGGAGCCCGGACUCCCCCCUUACCCAGGUCCCCCCCCUCGGGGACACACGCCGCCUCCUGGGAGUUGUAGUCGGCGCGGGGUGACCUUGGCUCGGCCGGGGGGGGCCCCGCCGCAUCCCCGCCCCCGCUCCGCCCCGGGCCAUGGCCGCCCCCCCGGGGAUGCUGCGCGCCAGGUGUGUUACCAGCCUCGACUGCUCUCUUCUGAAGCCAUUAAAGAAGUUAGAGCAACAGGAAGCAAACUGCAUGAAAAGUGCUUUGGAGGAAGGUGUUACCGUGGACGUGGAAGCUGUAGGGCAUCUGCGUGUUGGGUUCAGUGGUUUCCAUCACUGCCGCUCUCUCCGGUCACUAAACCUCCAGCACCGAAGCUCCCAGAUACACCAGCCCUGGGCCACCCAGAGCAGCUCCCUUCCGAUGCCAGUGCUCCACGGCAGAAUGAGACGAGCCCUGUCAGUGGUGAUGCUGCUGGAGCUGGGGCUGGACCCGGCGUUUGUGUCCCAUCCGCCCUGAGACACCUUCCUCCCGUUGCCAAGGAGCCGUGCCUGGACCGCUCCGGCAUCCCCGCUCUUCCUCUGCCUCCUCCCCACCUCCCACUCGGCCUCCGCCACAGCGGCGUUAGAAACGCUGAUCCUGCGAACACCACCUCGCUUUUGGGCGGGUUUUUUGGCAGUUUCAGGCAACUGGGCUGUGAACAUGGACAAUGCCGGCGGCGGGACUGUAGGUUGGGCUGUGACAAGCUGGGUGUUACUACCACGGGGUGACAGGCACCUCUGCAAGAUGCCUCGGGUUGCCAUGGUUACAGAUGGAAAAUAGGGCUACGGGUUAACUCAGGCCAGUGUCGCAUGAAGCACAACAUCCCACGUCAUUUUGCGCACACCUGGGACGGUGAGAGCCGGGGGGGACGGCCACCACGAAGCCCCGCGUCCCCACCCAGCCCCGAGCGGGUAGGUUAAACUUCCCGAAACUUCCCGAAACGAAAUCAACUUGUGCAACAGCCUCAGGGAUGGAACUGGGGUUGGGGGGAAUCAGCCUCCGGCCAAACCUCAGCAGAGGAGCCCGGCUCAGCCUCGUCACCGGCUGUUUAUUACUUAUUGGUGCACCCCAAAUUGUAAGGCCUUAGGGAAGCGCUGAUUUUUUUUGAGUUUUCACGCUCCGAAUAUUUAAGGGGAAUUCUCGGCCAGGCACGUGCCUCACCUCUAGGCUGCGGUUGCAUCUCGGAGGCAAAGCGGGUGCCUUCGGCUGGACCGGAGGGCAGGAGCCAGCGACGCAGCCGCUGAUGGAGCAGCCAGCGAUGCAGCCAUGCCACCGUCCCGGCAGUCCUGAGUGUCCCCAGGACGUCAUCAUCUUCAGGGCUUGGGGAAAAACCUCCCAAAUGAAGCCUGGAGUGAAAAAAAAAAAAGAAAAAAAGUUCCCAGGUAUCAGUGAAGAGGAGGUAAAGGGCUUGCUGGAAACAGCACUCUUGUCUUUGGAAAUGCCGCAUCCCUCAUUUUGAUGGUCCAGCCCUAAGGAAUGACAAGCGACAGUGUGGGAACGGCUGGAAAGAGCAGGGGCUUGUGCCCAGUGCAGUCAAUGGGCAGUUAAAUAGUGUUUACACUAGUCAUCUCUUAAUAAUGUAGCUGAUCUUCAGUGUGCUGUUCAAAAUAUAUAGUUAAAGAAGUCCUAAAAGUUUGUACCUUCCUCACAAUAUAUUCUUAUUGCCUUGGCUUUUUUGGGAGGAACAGUAUCAGAAGCUGGUUUAGAGGUUUAACACCAUCCUUGCCAUUUCUGAGGUGCUGGCCCUUCCCGCAGCUGAUCCUCAGGCUCCUGCCCCCGCAAGGCGUAACGCCACACAGUCACGGCCUGAGGAGGAGCUGGUUUGUGUGUUGUUUUUUUAAAGAAAAAAGGAGAAUAGCUGGCAGGAACAUGAGCAAAGCUGAAAGUAUUUUCAUCUGUUUUGUUUUGUAAUGUUUAAUGUUUUGGUUUCUACUUUACGAAUUCUACAAAGGAAUCACUCAAAACAAAGGUCUCCCAUUCUGGAAAGAGGGAAAAAAAAAAUCUACAGUGCGACUGAUGUGACUAAUCAGAAUUGGCUAGGUAAGAAAAAAACCCACAAUAUCUUGAAAAAUGACAAUAUCUAUUUUUUCUUAGGAAAAAAAAAAAUAGAAAAGCUCAACCUCUAAUUGAGAUUUAUUUGCAAAAUAAUUCCACGCUGGGAAAAGUAAUCAACUCGUGCACAAAAAUAUUUUUUGAGAUUCAUUUUUGUUAUUCGCUUGGAUUUUAGAACUUAGUUGUGGUUUUCAAAUGAUUCUUGCUAUGUAAAUGCAAAACACCUGUCCUAAGUUUUAAUCUGUUGUGUACCCUUGUUUUAUGAAAGGCUGCAGAACAGAGCUGGCCAAAAAGACACAGUUUAAAAGAAAUAAUCUUGGCAGUUUGAGGAGAAAACAGCCGGGAAAUGAGUCUCUCUUUGCUCCCUCUUUUUCCCAAGUAUUUUAAAAAGAUAAUAGUUUAUAAUGACUUAUUUUUAGAACCAUCUAGAAGGCUCAGCUGAGGCCCGGAGGCUGGUGUGGCUCAGUGCUGUACGAGCAAAGACAGUUUAUCCCCAGCCUAAAUAACUGACAACCCCCGUUUCGCGGCUGAGACUGGGGGCAGAGCUAAACCUCUGCCGGCACCGAACCCGGCACUGAACCCAGCACCAAACCCAGCACUGAACCCAGCACCGAACCCAGCACCGAACCCAGCACCGAACCCGGCACCGAACCCGGCACC